AUGGAGUGUGCGACCUCCUACAAGCUCACAUGGAUGAUGAGGCAAUCGUCUCGCCAAGCUCGCUCAGGUACUGGCGUUCACGGGUCAAGUAGCCACUGUUCCAAUUGCACGCGCAGUCUCAAUAAGCUGACCAACCUGCUGCUUCAGCGCGGGGGGUCGUGUCAAAUCUGCCGCCGUUCGUACUGCGGCAAGUGCUCGGUGUACAAGAAGAUUUCGAUUGGCAUUGGCAACGAGGUGAUGCAGAAAUCCAUGCUCUUCUGUCUCGAGUGCCUCUUGGAGGCCAAACAAGUCUCUGCUCACGAAGUGGCUGUUGAACAGCUGAAAUGGUAG